ACUUAUUCUGACCAUGGUUGGUAUUACGACGUCUCAGUCUCUAACCCUUUAUCUCUUCUGUGGAUUGAACAUUAGGCCGAAGCAAAGAAAGGCGCUCCUCAAACUCCAAGAAAAAGAAGAAAGAUAUAAUAGCCCAAUAGAUUUCACAAGUUCUAUACAUCGUCUCAAAUUAAGGACAGUCUGCUAAUAAAGAAGAAGAUGAGUACAUCCAACAAGACGAUUAGGAGACUUGAGGUCGUUUCGCCUGUUCCGGCCGACAUAGACAUUGCUAACUCCGUCCAGCCCCUUCACAUCUCUCAGAUUGCUAAUGAACUCAAUCUCUCCCCCGACCACUACGAUCUGUACGGCAAAUACAAAGCUAAGGUUUUGUUGUCGGUGCAUGAUGAACUUCAAGGGAGUGGAGAUGGUUAUUAUGUUGUGGUCGGUGGGAUUACUCCUACACCUCUUGGGGAAGGAAAAUCCACAACCACUGUUGGUCUCUGUCAAGCUUUGGGGGCUUUUCUUGAAAAAAAGGUUGUAACCUGUGUUCGCCAGCCAUCGCAAGGUCCCACUUUUGGAAUUAAAGGGGGUGCUGCUGGAGGAGGUUACAGUCAAGUGAUUCCAAUGGAUGAGUUCAAUCUUCAUCUAACCGGUGAUAUUCAUGCCAUCACAGCUGCAAAUAACCUCCUAGCUGCUGCAAUCGAUACUAGAAUCUUCCAUGAAUCAUCUCAAAGUGAUAAAGCUCUUUUCAAUCGGUUAUGUCCUCCCAACAAAGAAGGGAAGAGGAGCUUCAAUGACAUCAUGUUUGGAAGAUUGAAGAAGCUGGGCAUAUCCAAGACCAAUCCAGAUGAUCUCACCCCAGAAGAAAUCAACAGAUUUGCCAGGCUCGAUAUUGAUCCGAGUUCCAUCACGUGGAGGAGAGUUAUGGAUAUAAACGAUCGUUUCCUCAGAAAAAUUACAAUCGGCCAAGGGCCUGAAGAGAAAGGGAUGGUUCGAGAAACAGGAUUCGAUAUCUCGGUUGCAAGUGAGAUAAUGGCGGUUUUGGCUCUGACAACUUCUCUACCCGACAUGAGGGAGAGACUAGGAAAGAUGGUGGUUGGAAACAGCAAGGCGGGUGAGCCAGUCACUGCAGAUGAUCUCGGAGUUGGUGGCGCUUUGACCGUCCUAAUGAAAGACGCUAUUAACCCUACUUUAAUGCAGACGCUCGAGGGUACUCCCGUCCUUGUUCAUGCCGGCCCAUUCGCCAAUAUUGCCCACGGGAAUUCCUCGAUCGUUGCUGAUAAGAUCGCGCUGAAACUGGUUGGACCUGGCGGAUUUGUUGUGACCGAGGCUGGUUUUGGUGCAGAUAUUGGAUUGGAGAAGUUUAUGAACAUUAAGUGUCGCUAUAGUGGAUUAACUCCUCAGUGUGCGGUUAUUGUUGCGACGAUAAGGGCUUUAAAGAUGCAUGGAGGUGGGCCACAAGUUGUUGCGGGGAAGCCACUUGACCAGGCUUACCUAACCGAGAAUGUUGCUAUGAUUGAAGCAGGCUGCGUUAAUCUGGCUCGUCAUAUUGCAAACACAAAGGCGUAUGGUGUCAAUGUUGUGGUGGCUGUGAACAAGUUCGCCACGGAUUCUGACGCAGAGAUGAACGCCGUCAGAAACGCUGCCUUGGCUGCUGGGGCAUUUGAUGCUGUCAUUUGCUCUCAUCAUGCCCAUGGAGGGAAAGGAGCGGUGGACCUCGGCAUCGCGGUUCAGAAGGCAUGUGAGGGUGUAUCACAGCCGUUGAGAUAUUUAUAUCCACUGGAUAUUAGCAUUAAGGAGAAAAUAGAGGCUAUAGCGAAGUCAUAUGGUGCUGUUGGUGUUGAGUACUCUGAACAGGCUGAGAAGCAGAUUGAAAUGUACAGCAAGCAAGGGUUUUCCGGUCUACCAAUUUGCAUGGCGAAGACACAAUACUCGUUUUCACACAAUGCUGCCGAGAAAGGAGCGCCAAGCGGAUUUGUGCUUCCGAUUAGGGAUGUAAGAGGAAGUAUUGGAGCUGGAUUCAUUUAUCCUUUGGUUGGAACAAUGAGCACAAUGCCUGGCCUCCCUACAAGGCCUUGUUUUUACGAUAUUGAUAUAGACACAGCCACCGGUAAGGUAGUUGGCCUCUCUUGAGAUCUGAGGAACUUAAUUAACCUGGUGUAUCUGUCUGUUUUUGUAUAAUGUUUGAGCUCUUUCUGUAUUGUUGUUUCAGUUGAAGAACAGACAGGAUUUUCAUUUCAAUUGAAAUUAAUAAAUUAAGUUAGAUCUCCUGUUUUCCUUUA